UCCGUACACGCGACACGUGCGUCAAAAACUCAGCUUUGUAGCAACGACAUUUUGUGCAUUGUGUUGUGAAAAGUUGAAUCCGUUGAAACUGGAAUAAAAUAAUAAUAGACAUUGUGUGUCAGCAGCUGCCGGGGAAAGAUGCAACGCGAAAACGCCUAUUCGAACGAGGCCGCUUUGAAGAACUUGGCCAGACGAGAGCUGGCCAAUGGCCUCGAAAAGGAUCCAAUUUACAAAUUGCGCCUGCAGUGCUUCAGCCGCGGUGCCACGGGCAUCUUGGGCCUGUCCAGAUCCUUUCGAGUGAUGGACGACGAUGGCAGCAAAACUUUGAGCUCCGAGGAGUUCAAGAAAGGAGUAAAGGAUAUGGGCCUGGAGUUGAGCGAUUCAGAAAUUCAAGAUAUGUUUACAAGAUUCGAUACAGAUGGAAGUGGCAAUAUCAAUAUGACUGAGUUUUUGGUUAAACUAAGACCACCAAUGAAUAAUUCACGUAUCCGUGUCAUCGAAAAGGCUUUCGAAAAAAUGGACGUCAAUGGCGAUAAUCAAAUAACAACUGCCGAUUUGAAAAACGUGUAUUCGGUACGCGAACAUCCUAAGUACUUGAGUGGUGAGCUGACAGAGGCGGAGAUUUUCACGGACUUCCUAAAGAACUUUGAGGCAGGUGCCCCGAAUCCUGACGGAAUUGUGACCAAGGAGGAGUUUCUCAACUACUAUGCCACGAUCAGUGCCUCGAUCGACAAUGAUGCAUACUUUGAUUUGGUCAUGCGACGCGCAUACAAACUCUAAAUAGUGUUUCUCCUUGAAAUCAGAAUUUUAACGUCCAUUUGCCGCCUUUGAAGCUUGAUCAGUUGAAUCAAUUGCACUCACAUGUAUUAAUAACUAAAUGCCAAGCCAAUGUUUUAAAUUUUAAUUAAAUGAACCCGUUAAAAGUUGAGAA